AUGCAUGCCAAUGUUCCAAACAUUCAUGAUCUGGAUGUGAAUGAGUAUGUUUUGGCUUUUUUAAAAAAAAAAAAAAAGGAAAGAAGAAAAAGGAGAUCACCCACACCCAUCCACAGCAGCGCCGACGUUGAGGGCCGCAACCACCACCGCGUUCUGCUUCUCGCCGAGCCCGCCUCCUCAUUGCCGUCGCCGAACGUCCCCGAGCUCGCCGAGCCCGCCUCCUCAUUUGCCGUUGCUGAACGUCGCCGAGCUCGCCAACUCGUUGGGGCGUCGCCGACACCGCGUCCUCACUCGCCGCCGAGGGUAUUAAGAUUUCCGUCGUCUUCUUCAAAGAUGUGGGCCGUUCGUUGUCUUCCUCUCAAGAAUCGAGUGCUGAGAGCUUAUUGCUCCAAAGCUACUUGGGUGGUGGAAGAUGAUUCUGGAACUUCCAAAAGGAUGUCUAAUACACUUCCCUCAUUACACGCGUCUUAAAAUGUUGAGACAAGUCAAUGGAAGCUAAAACUGGACUUGGCAGGAGAAGGGUAUGUUAAUAUAGAAUAAAUGUACAUAACAAUUAAACUACUUAUUAAUAGAAUAAGAAAAUAGAUACUUAUUCAGAUAU